UCUCCAAUACUACCCCCAUUAUCUGUUUUCCAUACAAGCUCUAAAGCCAAGCAUAUCUGCCAUUUUAUCAGUCUUUUUUUUCUCUCUUCACCUAAAACCAAACUAAUUCACAUUUUUCAAAAACCAGUUUUGUUGCUUAUGGUGACCUAAAAUAAGGUCUAAUAUUAUAUAAAUUCUUAUAAGUUAACAGUAACUCUCCUUCUUCCCACUUAAUUUCCUCUUAACAUAGUCACCAAAUUAUGCUUCAUCUUCUUCUUUUUCUUUCUAGUUUUUCUUUAUUCUCUCAACUUUGUUACUGCAAAACAGUACUUGUAGAUGGUGUUUCAGACUGGAAAAACCCUAAUGUUCAUGUUGGAGACUCUAUCAUUUUCAGACACAAGUAUCACUACAAUCUCUACAUUUUCCGAAGUGAAAGAGCUUUCGAUCUCUGCAACUUCGCUCAAUCCUCUCUUCUCACGAAAUCCAACUCCACCUCCUACACGUGGAACCCAUCACGUACUGGUUUCUUCUACUUCGCAUUCAACAAUGGUUCAUCAAACAAUUCCUGCAACCAGAAAUACUCUCAGAAGCUACCCAUAAGGGUCUCUCCGGCAGCGGAACCACCAGUGACAGCUCCAUUUCCGGCACCCAAUUCAGGUGGUGGUCGAGCGGCUUCUUCUCCGGCUGGGUUUCCAUGGCCGUUCCCUCCUAGAGAAACUGCAGCUUCUGCACCAGCUCCAGAACCUAGUAGCGGCGGUGUUGCAAGUUCACCGAUGACAGUGCCAACAAUGGUGCCGGGAGAUAAAAGUAAUGGUAUACCGUUUAUAAAUAGUAACCCUGCUGUUCCUUUGCCCACCGGUGAAGUUGACUCCGCCACUAUCCGCCCCUUUUCCCCCUCCUCCUCCGGCCAUCAUCAACAGGUGGCAGUGGGGUUACUAGGAGGAGCUCUCUUGACACUGUUUACUGUUGUUUUGCUGCUGCUAUAAGAGAAAAUGAAUGGUUUUGAGUAGGUUAAAUAUGCAGAAAAGGAGUUAAAAUUAGGUUUAAUUAUGAUGCCAUAUUAUUUAUGGACCCCUUUGGAAUCAUUGGCACUUUUGAUCUUUUUAUUUGGCUAUGCAAGUCAUGGAUGCUUUUU